AUGUACUCAAAUCAAGGAGUCGGAGGAGGAGCGUACCCAGAGAACUCUGGAAUUGGCGGCGGAGCUCGGCCUGAAUAUGGCGGUAUUGGUGGUGGAGCACAGCCCGGCUAUGAACCAUACAACCCUUCUAGACCAGGGGGAAUCGGUACUGGCGUAGAUCCGCUAGGUCCUCCACCAAUUGGUGGUGGUACAACUCCCGGCCCUUACAGUGGAAUUGGAGCUCGGCCUGAAUAUGGCGGUAUUGGUGGUGGAGCACAACCUGGCUAUGAACCAUACAAUCCUUCUAGACCAGGUGGAAUCGGUACGGGCGUAGAUCCGCUAGGUCCCCCACCAAUUGGUGGUGGUACAACUCCCGGCCCUUACAGUGGAAUUGGAGGUGGAACUACUCCUGCAAACCCUGGAAUAGGACAAGGCACGACUCCAGGAAAUGCUGGAAUUGGACAUGGCGCAACAACUGGAGGACUAUACCCACCAGCAUAUCCUGGACAUGGUCCGCGUUUUUACGGAAGUACGCUCUUAUAG